AUGGCUGAUAUAUUUCCGGCUGGCGAGCGGGAAGACCCUCCGCCACAGCAGUCGUCCAGUAACGGCUCAACGAGCACAAACGACGAUCUUUUGUUUUCUUUUCUUCGCGAUAUGCAACAAGACAUGCAAUUUACGCAUAAAUUGUUGGCACAAAUGCUUACGCAAGGCAACGCAAGCUCAUCUCAAGGAGAUGAAAAUUUUGGCGGGAAACGCAAAGCCACGAUGCUUGAGGACGACGGUCAGGCUAACACUAAAAAACGUAGUAAGAAUACUCACUCAGCUUCAGAGAAAGCACCAAAAGACGCUUCAGAGAAAGCAAUAGAUAACGCUUCAGAGAAAGCACAAGAAGUCUUUUCAGACGAUGAAGUGCAUGAUCGGACUCAAGAUGAGUCGAACAUAAAUGAGGACGACAGAUUAAGCGUCCAUGCGGGAGAAGAUGAUCAAAUUGAUCAAGCUGAACUAGUUUUCGAUGAGCGUGAGGAGGAUGAAGAUCUUCUAGCGGUUAUCAAUGAGUCUUUAAACCCUUCCGAUGAAACUGGGGCCCCUGUUUCAGAGCGCUUGGCCAAACUG